AUGUGGGUCCCGUGGACCCUGCAAACGGCUCGGAGACUCGAGGAGCUAGCUCAGAUCCCGAUCUCCGACAAGGUGUACCGGUUGCUCGGGUUUUGCCCCAGGGAGAUGAAGGUCCGUUCCGGGCUCCUCGCCGAGGGCACGAUGCGCCAAAUCCGCGACGAAAUCACCCAGUUGCUGAUGGAGCACGGGCUGAAUCGGGAACAGGCGGAGCUGAUCGUCAGCAGUACGGUCGUGGAUUGCGCGACGCAUUCGGCAGAUACGCUGCGAGCCAUCCACGAUCUGCAGAGCCUUUUCGGCUCCCUGAAACGCCAUGACGUCAAGAUUGCGAUAUGCACGGCGGAUAGUCGACUCGGCACGAUGGCGAUGUUGCGCGAGUUCGGCGUCGAGUCGCUGGUCGACGUGGUGGUGUGUGGAGAUGAUACGGGCGCCGAGCCGAAGCCAAGCCCAAGAAACGCGCUGUCGAUUUGCAACGCGCUGGGGAUUGAGCCGCAGGACGCACUAAUGGUCGGUGAUACACUCGCCGACAUGGGCAUGGGCCGCUCGGCAAAGCUGCGCGGCACCGUGGCCGUACUCUCCGGCGUCGGCGGCAAGGAUGAGCUGCUUCCGCAUGCCGAUCAUUUGGUAUCCCACAUCGGCGAACUGAUGCCCAUCGUCCUCGGCCAAGCACAACAAGCA